ACCUCACAAAUAUUAGCAAUAAGGAACACACCGGAAACAUCACUCAUAUUAUUUCUCUGCAUACCUCAUUGAAGAAACACCUGUUCUUUCUACAUUGUAUAUCGAAACAAAAAAGAAAGAAAAAGAAGCUAAAAAUAUUAGAAUCAUCUGCAACUCAAGGACGACAAGCAAAUAUUGAAAAUAAAAUUUACAAGAUUGGAAGACUCUGUUAAGUUCAAGUACAGCUUUCAGGUAUAGUAAUGCCUCGCGUUCAUCUUCGAGCAGCUUCAGUUUGUAUAAUAUAUUCGGCGAACAUUCAAGAAUCAUGAUAAAUUCUUAUUGAGAAGGAAAUCGUUUGAAAACCCUAAAAUAUUGAAACGUUAGUCACUUCGAAGGAUUCUAAGCAUCAUCUCAAAUAAAGGAGUCAACAAAAAUAGGAAGAACUCGCCCUUUGGUCUCUAUUUUGUGCUAAUAAUAAUAUCACUUCCUGCAACCCGAAAUAACGCACCGUCGACGUUUACAGGGGGUACGUCAUUUUGUUUUUCGUCAAUUGAUGACAAAUUAUGGCGGACAAGAAAGCCCGGGCGCCGAGAGGAGGGAGCAAAGCACCAUCAAAACCACGCCCCGAUGAGAAGCCGGAUGGGGUAUCUUCAUGGGGUACCCUGAAACUUGCCGAGGUGCCCGUCCUGGGCACAGAGGUACGCCGUGCUCCAGGGGCGCCGGUGCCGCUGAAUUCGCUGGGGCUGCCGGAUCCCUCGGGGGUGGAGAAUACGUCUUUCAUUGAGGAGGAACUGGGUGGGAUUACUGAUAGACUAAAUCGGGCACUUGGUGACAUAGCAACACUCUACAAUGAAAAUGGAGAUGAACAGCUUGAGCCUGAGGUGAGUGAUAAAUGGGCUUUCUGCUGUCCAUUUUAG